AUGAUGCUUCAUAAUAACGAUCAAUCUCAAAAUGAUAAUCGCAUACAAGCUAAACGACGCCCUUUUCGCCUCAUGAGAACAUUGGUUCUUCCAAAUCAACAUUUAGCGUCCUUUGUGGAUCUGCGGCAAUGGAUGUCACCUAUUGAUGAACAGGGACACAUGCAAACUUGUGCCGCGGUAGCGUUUGCAGGAGUUUGUGAUUAUCUAUUCAAACGGUUCAUGAACAAUCCUGUCAAAGUCUCUCGUUUAUUUAUUUAUUAUAACGCUCAAAUGAUUGAACAAAAAUCACGCGAAGUUGACGACAACGGAGUUCUUCCAAUGAAUACUGCUUUAGGUUUAAGAAAAUAUGGAGUUUGUGAAGAAAGCUAUUGGCCAUACCAAAACCAUUUAUUAAAUCAAAUGCCAUCAGAUUCAGCAUAUAAACGCGCAAGCCGUUACACAGUCGUUCCAGUUCAUACGACAAUUGAUAUAAAUGCUAUUGAAGUAUGUCUGCAUAAUCAAUUGCCAGUUUUGGUUGGCAUUAGGUUGGCUGAUGAAUCAAUUCGUGAAGUGGAACGUAAUGGCGGUUAUUUACGAGUUCCAGAUUUGAAUGGUUCAACGAUUAGUAGCGUCCAUCUGCAUGGUAUUGUGAUUGUCGGAUAUGAUAGAAGUGCGCAAUACUUCAUUUGUAGAAAUUCAUGGGGUAGACGAUGGGGAUAUCGAGGUUACUUCUACAUGCCAUAUGAAUACCUAACUCGUCCUUCUCUGGUUGAUGAUGUAGGUGGUAUUUGGUCAAUUUUGAAAAUCCUACCUCGCACAAACACAUUACCGACUGUUCGUCGAUUACUGUUAUCUUGA